AGCCGGUAAGACACAGUUUGUCGGUCGGUCGGCAUCGGACGCUUCGCCACAGACCUAAGGACGGCUCUAUUUUUAAUAAGGGGGGCCGGUUUCUUAUUCCAACCACGGGAGGGUUUUCUUUGCCUUUUGCUCAACUCCAUUCAACUUUACGACCACCGAUAGCGCGUAUAUUAAGAACCCACCGGGGAUGGGGUGAUAAGAAAGGGCACGCCAUUUAUGACGCGCCGUCUGAUAGUACUGAAACUGCAACGAUUACGCGGCGCGUUUAGUUAGUCGGUGACUGCCGGUGCGCGAACAGCAGCUCCCUCGAUCACAACAAGUGGUUACGCGUUCGUCUGUCACUGUACGCAGCCGCACACGCAAUUACGCGAAAGUGCAACGGUGCAUCAAAACUGCAGUGUGUUUGUGCAUUUGACCUUGUUACGCGCGCUUGUGUUUCCGCCUUUUUUGACAUCAUGGCAUCAUUACGUUUGCUUGCCCAUUACCACUACCAGCGUGCGGCUUGGUACAGCAGAGUCCUACAAUCAAUCCGCACGCAAUCAACGGACGCCAGUGGAGUAGCGCACGAGAAAGCCCAAAGCUACGUGCACCAUAUCGGCUGCAAACCGCUGGUCUAUCGCAAUGUCGGCCAACAUCUACGCCUGGCCGCGGAACGGUUCCCCAACAAUGAAGCGAUCGUGUCCUGCCAUGAAGCCGGCGCCAGGCUCACGUACGCUGCCGUCCUAGACAAGGUAGAUCGGCUGGCCGCCGCCUUCCAUCAGCUCGGUCUGCGGCAGGGCGAUCGCGUCGGUAUCUGGGCGCCGAAUGGGACACUCUUCUACCUCACCAAUCUGGCGGCGGCGCGUGCCGGCAUGAUCACGGUUGGCAUCAACCCUGCCUAUCAAGUGCCGGAGCUCGAGUACGCACUGCAAAAGGUCGGUGUGAAGGCGCUCGUUGCUGCGGAAGGCUACCGGCAGCAGAACUACUACGGCAUGAUAUCCCACAUUGCACCAGAACUGGCCUCCUCCAAGCCGGGAGAGCUAAAGAGCAAAGCACUGCCCGAACUGUCUGCCGUUAUCAUUGACAGCCAGAAGAGUUUACCUGGUGCCAUUAAAUUCAGCGAACUAUUUGAACUACCCUCGGAGCAGGCCAUCAGCAAGAUUGAGAUGCUGCAGUCCAAGAUCAUGCCGGACAGUGGCGUCAAUCUGCAGUUCACGUCCGGCACAACGGGCCACCCGAAGGCGGCCCUCAUGUCCCACUUUGGGUUCGUCAACAAUGGCCUACACAUUGGCAAUAGGAACGAGAUGGAUCAGAGGAUGCAUCGCCUUUGUGUACAGGUUCCCCUCUUCCAUGCGUUCGGAAUGGUCAUCGCAAUCAUGGCGGCCCUUUCAUACGGCUCGACCCUCGUACUGCCAACUGCCGGGUUUAAGGCGGCCGAUUCCUUGGCUGCCAUUGUACGGGAAAGAUGCUCCAUCAUUCUUGGUACACCGACCAUGUACGUGGACCUGGUGCGGCGGAUCGUCGAGAGUGGAGCCAAGCUCGACUCGCCCGAAAUUGCCGUCACCGGUGGGGCCACCUGCUCGCCCAAGCUGUUCGCGGACAUCAAGCACACGCUGGGCGUGCGGAAGGUAAAAACCGUGUUCGGCAUGACGGAAACGACGGCCGUCAUCUUCCAAUCCCUGUUUGAGGAAAGCCCCGAAGAUGUGCAGCAAACGGUCGGCCACGUGACGGACCAUUACGAGGCAAAGGUGAUCGAUCGGGACGGCCAUAUCGUACCGUUCGGGACGGCCGGCGAGCUGUGCGUGAGGGGCUACGGUACGAUGCUUGGCUAUUGGGGUGACGAGAAAAAGACGAAGGAAACGAUCGACGCGGAUCGGUGGUUGCGCACGGGCGAUCAGUUUAUGCUGCGCGAGGAUGGUUACGGGAAGAUUGUGGGCCGGCUAAAGGAGGUCGUUAUACGCGGUGGUGAAAACAUCUACCCGAAGGAGGUGGAAGACUAUCUGAACACGUAUCCGAAGAUACUGGAGGUGCACUGUAUCGGUGUGCCGGACGAGCGUACGGGCGAGGAGCUGUGUGCGUACGUGCGGCUGAAGGAUCCGGAGGAGACGAUCGAUCGGGAGGAGAUAAAGCGGUACUGCGAGGGCAAGCUGGCGUACUACAAGGUGCCCAAGUACGUGCGGGUGCUGAACGAUCUGCCCAAGACGACGUCCGGGAAGGUGCAAAAGUUUAAGCUGGGGCAACUGUUCGCCGCGGAACGGUAACGGGUAACGGGCCUUUGUACUAAAAAUGGGCAUUUUUGUGGAGUUGAUACACAUACUUUUAAUAAAGAUUUGAUUAAGUUACACUUAUUUAUAACUUUUUAAACUAUUUUGAAGAAAGAAUAUGAACAAUUUUUUGAGCAAUAGUAAUUUUAAUUUAAAUGUUCUAAAAUCAUACGAGCAAGUCUGAAAUAUUUCAUGAAACUUUUCGCUCAAAACUGCAAAUUUCAAAUUUUGAAAUGUUGCAUACAAGAAAACCGUUGGCUACGAGGCACGUCAAGUAGCUAAAUUCAACUACAAUCCAUCCAAAAGGCAGAAAAGAAAGCAAAUUACACAAAACAAAAAAGGGUCAAAA